AUGCCCACUGUCGGCAAGCCUCCCGCUCGCCAGGGCAAGAUGCCGAAGCGCGCAAAUCAGGAGGGCGGCGCGGCGGCGGCGGCGGCGGCAACGCCCGGCCGCGCGAAGCGCGCCACGCGAGCCGCGCGGGGCCGCGGCAAAGCUUCCCCCGCAAAAGCCAGCGGCAGCAGCGCAGCAGCGGGUGCUGCUGCUGUUAGCGCGGGUGACCCCGAGCCGGCAGCGGCGCAAACCGCUCCCUCGGUGAAAGAAGAGGACGACGGUGCUGCUUCACCUGAUGAAACCUUCGCCGGCGCCGAUGCCGCUGCCGUCGCGGCCGCUCCCGGCUCGCCCAUGGAGGAGUCGCCGAAGCUCCAGGCAGAAGAGGAGGAGGGGACGAUGAACGGCGGCGGCAGCAGCGAGCAGGUGGCGCCGGCUGCGGACGGCGCUCCUUCUGCCGCGUCUUUCUCCUCCCCCUCAGUCGUGCUUGGCGGUGCGACCACCCCGCCGCCAUCUUCCCCUCCUGCAGCCGACGCCGACGCCGGCGACGAAGAGACUGACUCCAAGGCCAGCGACGAAGAAGAGGAGACUCCUGCCGAAGCGGCGGAGGAAGGACCCGGGUCGCCUGCUGAGGGGGAAGCAGCCCCGGAGCUAUCUCCGCCCGCUUCCGCUGCAGACGGUGGCAUGUCGGUGGCUGAGGCGGCGGCGGCGGCAGCCAUUGCCGCUUCCAAGAGUCUCGUGCUGACGGCCGAAAACCUAGACGUCCAGCGCGCCGCGGACUUCAUGCUGGCUGUCAAGGGGAACAGCUACAAGGGGGCGAGUCGUGCCGCUGCAGCGGGCGGCGGCAAGGACAGCAGCAAUGGCGGGGGCGGCGACCCCAACAAGCGUCACCGCGCCGACCCUAACGCGAAGCUUGACGGCACGGCCGCCGCGGCCGCCGCGGCCGCCGCCGGCGACAAGAACUCGAGGGGCCGCAGGGGCGGCGUUCGCCAGCGGGAACGCGAGGAGCGGAAGCGGGAGCGCGCGGACAGCAGGGACAGCCGCGAGCCCCCCGCCGGCGGGCGCAACCCCAAGCAGCGCGGCAAGGAAGGAAGGGUGGGGGGGUCCAGCGGAAAGGACUCCUUCGCCGGCGGUGCGGGGGGGCCUCCGUUCCGGGACCUCGAGAACUGGGACCCCGAGAAGGCGUUGAUCAGGUCCAUGUUUUUGACGGACGAUCUCGACAAGCACGCAAUCACCGUCGUCCUCCUCAUCCCCAACGAGAAGCGGGUAGUGGGAAUCGUCGUGGGUCGCCACGGACUGCGCCUGAAGACGAUCCUCAGUACCUCCAAGUGCACCAUUACAGUCGAGAACGACAAGUUUUGCGACAAGGAAUCGGGUGUGCGCAAGGUGGUGCUGCGCGGCUCUAUCCGCAACGUAGUGAUGGCCCAGCAGCUCAUCAUGGACCUCGUGUGGGAGGAGAUGGAAACGGCGAUCGGCGUUAUGCAGUUCAUGAUCCCCGAUGAGGCGUCUUCCCGUGUCAUCGGGCGCCAGGGAACCUUCAUCAAACAGCUUCAGCGCGAGAGCGGGUGCAAGAUCAACACCCUGAACGACACGGAGCUCCGCUCGGGUCUCAAGGCCCGCGUGAUGAACGUGUGCGGCACGAACAGCUCCAUGAGCAAGGGCCUCUACCUCAUCGCCCGCAAGAUCGCAUCGCGCUGGGAGUACGCCCCGGAGUGGGAGGGCGGCGACCCCACCCUCCCGUCGGGCCAAGGGCUCCCGUCGGCCCCGACGGCAGCGCACUCCUUGCCACCACCGGACUCCUCUAGCGUGGACGCCGACUCUGGCAGGGACAGCGGCGGCCGGCGCCAGCGGGGACAGCGCGGCCGCGGCGGGCGCGACCGCGGGGACGACCUCGACCGGUACGACAGAGACGGCGGCCGGAACGGUCGCAGCGGUGAGUCCGACCGGCGCGGCGGCGGCGGCGGGAGCGACCGCGGCUCCUCCGCCCGCGACAGCGGCGGUGGCAGGUACGGCAGGGGCGGGCGCGAUUCUCACGACAGCGGCAGCGGCGGCCGCGACGGAUCCUCCAAGUCUUCCCGCGGCGCCGCUCCCCCGCUGCAGACUACCUCGGCACCGUGGAUCACGGACCAGCCGAGCGCCGCUGUCCCCCCGGCGGCCGUGCCGGUGCCGGCCCCGGUGGGGUCGAGCGCGGCGGCGGUGGCUGCCGCCGCUUCGGCGGAGGCGUGGCAGCGUCUCCUGGGCCAGAUACCGGCCACGGCGAGGGAGAGCCUGGGGUUCGGCGCGAUGCCGGUGCCGGCGACGGCGGCGGCGGCCGCCGACAUGUUCGGGCAGUUGUCGGGAAGGGCGGCGAUGGCUUCGGCCGCGCCGCCGCAGCAGCUGCACCAAGCUCCACAGAAAACACACCCGGAGGUGCUGACUGGCUCCCAAAAUAGAGUGUGCAAGAACAUCACACACGUCACGCGUAAGCUCGUUUGGGUGUGCCUUGGUUGUUCCUAUCGACACCGUUCGAGGCAAAUGGCAUGUCGGUUCUCGCCUCUCGGGCCUUCCGCCGGUUGA